CUUGCUGUCCUGCGUAUUUCUUCAGUUGUCCCACUGACAAUCUCUCUCAUUUCACUGUCUCCAUACGUUGUUCAAUCGUUCUUGUCCUCCCUGGACGCAUUUGUUUGAAACAUAAUGGAAAAUAUAGAAAACUCCAAGCCUGAUGAACAGCCUACGUCCCAAAAUGAUCUUGCAGUGCAAAAUAAUCAGCCACCAGCAACCCCCAAUUUGCAACCGCUGGAGAAAUCUGCAAUAGUUACAGUAGAAAUCACUGGUCAUGAUAUUUCUGAGGAACUGAGCAAACAGCUGGAAGAUAUUAUUCAAACUUAUACUUCAUCUGAUCUUAUAAGUACAGAAAACCAGAGCUCGGCAACACCAGAUAAGGAGGAGCAACUGCAUGAUGAUGUGGAGAACGAGGAAGCUUGUAGUGAACCUGUUUCUUCAGUAGAAGGAACCUCAGCAAAAGAGUCCACAACAAACAAAGAACAAAAACUAGAAAAGAAAAUUCUAAAAGGAUUAGGAAAAGAGGCUGCAAUGUUCAUACAAAGCUUAAGCAAGUUAAACACACCAGAGGAGAAAUUUGAAGUUUUGACUAAGAAGUAUGCGGAGAUGCUUGAAGAAUAUCGUGCUGAACAAAAGCAGACGAAGGUCCUGCAGAAGCGCCAAACACAGCUUAUUAAGGAGAAAGACAUACUGCAAAGUGAACACAGCAAAGCCAUACUCGCUCGCAGCAAACUGGAGAGUUUGUGCCGAGAGCUUCAGAGACAUAACAAAACACUUAAGGAAGAGACGCUCCAACGUGUCCGAGAAGAUGAAGAAAAACGUAAAGAGAUCACAAACCAUUUCCAGUCAACUCUAACAGAUAUCCAGAGUCAGAUUGAACAGCAGAGCGAGAGAAAUAAUAAACUGUGCCAAGAAAACACAGACCUAGCUGAUAAACUCAAUAGCAUCGUUGGCCAAUAUGAAGACCGAGAAGAGAACAUGGAUAAAGUAUUUAAACAACGAGAACUUCAGCAGAAGCUUGUGGAUGCCAGGCUGGAGCAGGCUCAGGAACAAAUGAGAGAAGCAGAACUAAAGCACAACCGGGAAAAGGAUUUUCUGCUCACUCAAGCUGCGGAGUGGAAGUUGCAGACUAAAAUGUUGAAGGAUCAGGAAACUAUCCUGAAAACACAGAUAACUCUGUAUUCUGAGAGAUUUGAUGAGUUUCAAAACUCACUUACAAAAAGCAAUGAAGUUUUCUCAACCUUUAAAAAAGAAAUGGAAAAGAUGACAAAGAAAAUGAAGAAAUUAGAAAAAGAAACAAGUACUUGGAAAACUCGCUUUGAAAACUGCAACAAAGCAUUGCUGGACAUGAUUGAAGAGAAAACGAUGAGGGCAAAAGAGUAUGAAUGUUUUUUGGUGAAAAUUGAGAGGCUAGAAAAGCUUUGCAGGGCACUGCAAGAAGAAAGGAUUGAACUGUACAAGAGAAUCAAAGAUGCCAAAACCAAUGAAAAAGAAGAAGAUGAGGAUGACGAUGCUAGCGUUGAAGAUGUUGAUUCCACAAAUCAGCCUUCACAGAGUACCACAGAGCCCUCUGUUAUAGAUGAGAAGAUAAUUAAAGAUCUGGAAACAGCUUUUAUGGUAACCCAUGUUUUAGAUGAAAAACCUCAAGAUAGUGGCCUUGAAUGUCUACGGUCUGAAGCCAGCACUUUGUCUCCUGAUGUUGAGCAAACACCGCAACCAGUGCAAAGUGCAAGCUGUUCAAAUGCAACCACCCAGCAGCUCUCAAAUGAGGAACCACUAAAGACUGCAGAGAAGCAUGACAUGGAAAAUGUAGACUAAUCUCUCUGAAAAACAAAUAAGUAAACAGUAGAGAAUAUUCCCCUUGUUAUUCUGCAACUACCAUAAUUAUUUGCCAAGUUACAACUUAUAGAGAAAUAUGGUGAACUGGCAAAGAAGUAUGGGAGUUAUAGUUCACCAACAUCUGUGGGAAGAUGGUAGAGUUUACCACUGAUUAAAAAGAAUGUAUUUCUGCAUUUGCAAAGCACUGUAGGGUUUACAAAUCAAAUAUAAAUGCUAGUAAAUGUGUCCUAUUUAUUACCUUAUUCAUAUGUAUGACUCAUGUACUAGCUAUACCAGCAUUUGAUAAAUACCAUAUUUGUGCAUUAAAACUGAAUUGAUUAUAAAAUAUGUAUUAUACAAUUAUUACCUUCACAGCCUUGGUCUAAGCAAAAACAAAAAGGCAUAUUAAGUUUCUCACAUAAAAGGGAUGCAUGCCAUAAUGAAAAGCAACAUUGCAUCAUGUCAUGAAAAGGCAUAUGUAAAUAUAAUUACCAACUAUAAAAUCACGUUUUUGGUAUUUAACACCAA